CUUUUAAACUAGAGUCUGUGACCAGCAGCAGCCGCUUCCCGCCCAGCCACCACCUGUUAAGAAUAUAUAAUUUAAAGGAAGCCCAAACUUCGGUCCUGGUCCUUGCGUUUGACUCUGAAUGAGUAUGCUCUAUUGACAGUUGUUUGGGGUGGAGAAUGUGUGGAUGGAGGGUGAUUUGUUUUCUGAAUUCGCUGGUUUUGAAACAGGGUUGUGUGUGCAUGACUGAAAUCUGUAGUCAAGAAGACUUGGUUUAAUGUUUUGUUACUAAGAGUCUUAUUGUGUGCUCUAGUCAUUAUGCAUUUUAUUGUAAACUAGGGUUAAGGUUUUCUCUUUUAGAAGGCACACCUGUAUCCAAAUUGGGAGAUUCUCUGCUGGAAUCGGGCAGUUAAAUUGCUUUAUGUAGCAAAUAAUUGGUACCGUAUUUGAAACCAACAUAUCCGUACUUUAACAGGCUGUGUAUUUUUUAGUUUUCAAUUAUUUAUGUAUCAGUAUAUAUGGUGUAGAGCCACACUAUUCAGUAGAAAUACUGUAUAAGCCACAUAUGGUACUUUACGUUUUCUGUUAACCCAUUUAAAAAAGGUGAAAAGUAGCAGGUGAAAUUCAUUUUAAAAAUAUUUUUAACCCUAUACCUUCAAAAUGUUAUUUCAACAUAUCUUUAAUGUAAAAAAAUCCAGCUUUUACUUUCUCAGUAAAUCUUCGAAAUUCAUUGUGUAUUUUACAUUUGCUACCCACCCCGAUUUGGAUACUAAAUUUUCAUCAGAAGUACUUCCUCUAUGUUUAGAUUUCUUAAAAUUUAGAGUUGAAAAAGUGGAUUCUCAUGUUGGUGUCGUUCCAAAUUAACUUAAAAGUUAUCCUCUAACUGAAGAGUAUCCGUUUUUAAAAAUUCUACUAGUUAAAAUAAAAAAUAACUCAGUUCCUUUGUUGCCCUAGACCUCUCUCUCGUUUUCACUAGCCACAUGUGUCCAACAGCUACUGUUGUAGACAGCACAAGUACAGAACCUUAAAAAACAAUUGCUGGAAAUGUAACAGAUCACAAUACCAACUCUUGGAGAAGAUUUAGAAAAUGAGGACUAUUGUAUGCGGCUGAUGGGCCUGCAUAGUUAUACCCCUGCUCCUGGUGAUAAUUCGUUAUUGCUGCUGCGAGCAGAGUUGUAUUUAUCCAUGAAGAACUAUGAACAGGCUCUGCAGGACGCCAGUGCAGUUUGUCAGAAUGAACCUCUCCUGCCUAAGGGACAUCACGUGAAAGCUCUGGCUCUUUCCGGACUGGGAAGAAGUAAGGAAGUGUUGAAGGAGUUUCUCUACUGCCUGGCUUUGAAUCCUGAAUGUAACUCAGUGAAGAAAGAAGUGCAGAAGGUAAUGUGUGAGGUGUUUUUCCCUGCUUCAGAAAACGUGCCUCAGAAUUUAACAUCUUCCAUCCAAAGCAGAAUGUUGAACACAAGAUUAACGGCGCAGUGUCAGAACCACAUAAACAGCCAGCCUCCUGUGGAGGGAGGUGGCAGUGCAGGGAGUUCUAAGAAUCCAUCUGAGAAACAGGAUGUAUUUAGAAAUACCAAUUCUUCGGUGUUAUAUUUUAUACUGGGCCUACACUCUGAGGAGGAUAAGGAAGUGUUAGAAAGUUUUCUUCCAGCGGUGCUGAGCACUGGUUUAAAGAGACAGUUUCCGAAUGAUUUGGAGGAUGCGCACGAUGUGAACGGCCCUGGAAAAAUUCCCAAGAAAGAGGCUGAUUCCUCACCCCAAAGGAACGUGAGCUCUAACGUAGGAGAAAGUGCAGAGCUCCUGAUAGAUGUGGCUGAUUUUGAGUGUACCCUUUGCAUGAGGUUGCUCUUUGAGCCUGUCACUACGCCCUGUGGACACAUGUUUUGCCUAAAAUGCCUCGAGCGCUGCCUGGACCAUGCCCCACAUUGUCCUUUGUGCAAAGAAAAACUCUCAGAAUUGUUGGCAAGCAGAAAUUUUCAUACAACUACUCUGGCUGAAGAAUUAAUAUUUCGAUAUUUGUCAGAUGAACUGUCUGACAGAAAGAGAAUUUAUGAUGAAGAAAUGACGGAGCUUUCAAACUCCACCUCUAAGUUCACAUUUCCCUCACCCCGCAGUCUGACCAGGGAUGUGCCCAUCUUCGUGUGUGCCAUGGCCUUCCCCACCGUGUCCUGUCCGCUCCACGUCUUUGAGCCCCGCUAUCGGCUUAUGAUAAGAAGAUGCGUGGAAACUGGCACCAAACGGUUUGGCAUGUGUUUAUCUGCAGAGCACGCAGGGAUCUCAGAGUACGGCUGCAUGCUGGAGAUCAAGGACGUCAGGACGUUCCCCGACGGCAGCUCCGUCGUGGAUGCCGUCGGGAUUAGCCGCUUCCGGGUUUUGAGCCACCGUCACAGAGACGGCUACAACACGGCAGAUAUUGAGUAUCUGGAAGAUGAAAAGGUGGAAGGUGCAGAGUAUGAAGAGCUCACCGCCCUGCAUGAGUCCGUUUAUCAGCAGUCUGUGUCCUGGUUUGCUUCACUUCAGGAUCACAUGAAAGAACAGAUCUUAAGCCACUUUGGGUUAAUGCCCGACAGAGAACCUGAGCCUCAGAGUAACCUUAGUGGUCCUGCCUGGUCCUGGUGGAUCCUGGCAGUGCUGCCGUUGGAGCGGAAGGCUCAGCUGGCCAUACUCAGCAUGAUCUCGCUGAAGGAGCGUCUGCUCGCCAUUCGGCGAAUAUUAGCCAUCAUCACGCAAAUCUGCCCACUCCCAGCCCUGGGGCCAACCUCAGUGCCCUCUGGUGGGCCCCCCUCCAGGCCCAGUGACUAUGUCAGCAGACUAGAACCUGAGCCAAUGAAUUUGGUGAAACCAUCUAAGGCUGUGGAGACGCACAGCCGCCAAGGGAGCUGCUCCGUCCGUACCCCUCAAAGAAGUCAAGGAGCUGGGACCAGGAGGUCAAGGGGAGUUACUCCAACAGAAAAUUCACAUUCCUUUGCCCAGUCUCCGUAUCUGAGUCAGUUUCAGACCCAGAACCCACUGCCUGAAGAAGAGACCAGAUCCCCAGAGGAAGGGGACGGUCACACCCUGGUAAGUUUCUCUUGGGCCUUCUGCAAAGGUCCCUUCAGCCAGUCGUUCAGCUACCAGUGCACCAGGGGAAGAGGAAUAUUUCGCAUUUCGAAGACUCUCGGACAUAGGAUCCGGGUCUCUAUUGUUAUCCAGGCACAUGAAACAUCAUCCUGGCACCCCUGUUACAGUGGGGUGUAUGCAGUCCUGGUCAGGACCUAGCUCCCUCUGGGUCCGUUGGUUCACAGACUCACCAGCCCGGGCGGUCCUUUCCCUGGUCCCUGAAUGUGUAACAGAAUAGACCUACUUUAGGGUCUUUGGCCUGAGAGGUAAGAGCUGUCAUAGUGGGGAGGGGCAAGCAGAAGCCUCUGAAACUAUUCCCCCCUUCCUCAGCCAGAUGGUGAAUGGAAACAAUCCUGCGUCCCAGUGGGAUGGCAGAAGUUAGUGUUAAGUAUCAAAAGGAUGCAGAGGCAGUGGUCCCACCAUUUCUCCAUUUAAUUUACUCGUCUAGCCCUUGCAAAAUCCCAGUGGAUCCUGGAAAAUGAGAGUAGAUUCUCCUAAAUUCAACUGAGCAUUCACCCGGGUCGCAGUCUGCCACACCAGAUGUUAUGUCUUUGCCAGGAUAUAUUAACUUAUUUGAGGCAAAGGGUGUACAGACAUAGAUUUCUCAAAUGCAUUUCCUAUGAGAAAAGAGGCAGUUUGCAUUCACAUGAAACAAAUACAUACACUUAUAGUUUUGUCCCAGGACCAGUGUUGACCCUUCUGCCCACCGUCACGAUAUAGUCUGAAGAGACCCGGAUCAUCUGGAAGUUCUGCAGAGCAUCUCAUUAAUCCACUGCACCACCUGAUACCAUCCUAACCAACCUGGAUUAGCAAGAAGUGGCCAGUGCGUGGAAGGCCCGGGUGGUAGAACGUGCAUUGCAGAGGGCGGGAGAUAAACCCUACGAAGAUUCAGGACCUGCCGCCUCAGUGAAGCUUUUCAGGGUCCAGUGGCGAGAGGCAUGCAGGAACAGGAUAUCCCACCUGAAGGAAAGGACAGACGGUCGCCUCGUGCACCUCCCACCAUGAAGAAAGCAGCACAGCAUCUUGUAAGCCUCUGCAGAUUUGGGAGGCAGUGUGUUACAUGUCUGGGGAUUCUGCUCCAACCCACAUAUGAGAUAAAACAAAAAGCUGCUGACUGGCGGCAGCCCAGGCUGUGGUACAAGGACCCCUGACAUUUGGAGCGUGUAACCUGGCAGAUGUAUCGUUGGUGGGAAAGGAGCUGUGUGCUUCUAUGGACAAUCACAGCACAUACCCCUUUGCCUCUGCAGAGCAAUACUGUGCCUCUUCCACUUUUACAAAACACUCCUGGUACCCUGCGGGGCCCUGGUAGAGACGGGACCCUUGACCAUGGGCCGUAAAGUGGCUGUGCAGCCACAGAUGCCCUUGAUGAGCUGGAUUCUGACACACGCCCCCAGGACAAGGCUGGGUGGGCCCCCAGGAUCCAUUUUAAGAUGGAAGUGGUAUAUCUACAGUCUCACAUAAGCCAGAGCAGGGGGGACAGCAAACUACACAACUCGUAGCCCAGAUCUCUCUAUCACCCACAGUUCUUGCUCCAGGGCAGCUCAUCCGUUCCUUCCUGUGACUGGGAAAUUGUGUAUGACCAGACGAAGGAGGAAGAGAAAGUCCAACUCUAGUUCAUGGUCAGGUGGGCUUGGUACAUGUGUGGAAGCUGAAAAUAGAUGGCAGCUGUAUACACCCGCAAUCAGGGGUGGUCUGGAAACGGUAACAAGGCAAAAAAUCACACUCUUAAAUCGGAGCUCUGCAGGUUGAGAUGUCUUGGUUCCCAAAGGUAGACUUCUGCCUGGGAACAUGUGAGACUCAUUGAAUUACAAGCUGCCGUCUUCAUCUGGGCGUGUCAGAGUCACCGGCAAGCAGGAAGAGGCACCAUCCUGAUGGGGGUAUGUGCCCAGAAGGACGAGGCAGGGCUGCUGCACACUGGGAUGUGUGAACCCGGGUGAUGCACGGGCUGCCACGUGGGCCUCUUGCUGAGUGUUGAUGGUAGAUGAACAAGCAACAACUCCAGCCUGAGAAGGGCAUGUAGACCAGCGUUCAUACUUCGCAGAGGUGAGGUUCUGAGUCCUCACAUGGAUUAAGCCACUGAGACCAGCAAAGGUGCUAGCUGAGGCGAGGCGAGCCUGGAACAGAUGGUCCAGAAGGGGGAUAGUGUUAUCAGCUGUGGUCUUGAAACCAGCAACAGAGGCAUCCUAUUAACCUCCUUUUAAGUGUCCCCCAGGAAGAUGAGGAGGCCCCCGGGAAUCUUGAAGGAGCUGCUUCCAGAACAUAUAUGAAGAGAUGUGUCCAAGAGGCACAGAUCGGUUUAUUGAUUAUUUCCACCAACAACCUCAGAACUGAAAGAUAAUUCGUGGUACUUUGUGACAGAACAAUAGGAAACUUGGACACUCCAGAAGGGCUGUUUUUCUAGGACCGGGACCACCCCCUUGCCAAUCCUCUUCAGCAGGAGGGGGCAGUGACAGCUCUGUCAUGAGAGAGAGAGGAACUCCCCCCCCCCCCGCCCCGGUUCUUCAAACCAAAGGUUGCCAUGGAGAUGCACAGUAGACUUGACACUGUCAGGGGUCCCUGUUUCACAUGAAACCUCAGAAGCCGACUUUGGAAAACACAGCGAGUGACUGGCCAUUGUUUCAGACAGCAGAAGAAAAUGAGAGGCAGCGGAGGAAACGGUAGCAAGUAAUAGAUUCAUUCCUCUUGCAGCAGUAACAUCAGACCAGACUGUGAAGCUGUAGGUCAGAUGCUGAGUGCCUGGGCCGUGGCUUCCCUAGGAUGCCCACAACACGGGCAGCAGCACAGGAGAGCAGGUCGAGCUGUGUGUCCAGAUCCCUCCCCGUUUGUUUCUUCACCUCUUCAAGACAGUUUCAGAAAUGCACUUCUGAGAAAAGAUCUUAUAUCCAGUAAAACUCUGCGGAGCAAAGACAAGCAAUUAGCAAUUGGCAUAAACACAGCCCUGGCAAUAAGUAGCAGUAAGUAGCAGGACCCUUAUAAGCUCAGCUUACAACUGAGGGCCACCAGGUGGAUGCUGUGGCCGCAGCCAGGGCCUUGGAGCCGGAGGAAGGGAGGGGGACGAGGUGGGGGGACACCCAGUGUGCACCAGAGCUGAUUGUAUGGUGCUUUCCUGUGCUUUCUGGCUGCCCACCUCUGGACACAGCUGGGCACACCCUCAACUCCAGCUGCUGUUCACAUGAAAGGAGGCUCUGAGAGGCCCCCAGGCCCCUGCCGAGACUGAAGCCAACAGGAGACUAAAGCUACAUCAAAGCAAAAUGUAGCACCCAAGUACCUUGUUAUAUUACAGGGCUGUUUUUAACUCUAACAUGUGGCAUUUUGAGCCGUAUCUGUGCAAGUUAGUGAGGGGGUGCUUGUGGAAGGGCAGGGAUGGGGUAGGAUUGGACUCCUGCAAGGACCUUCUCUAAUUCAGUGGUUCUCAAGUUGUGGGCCUGGACCAGCAGCUUCAGCACUGCUAUCUGGGAGCAUAACUCAUCUCAGCUUAAUUUACAUCCCCCAGCAGGAAGAGGGAAGGUUUUCUCCUCGCCCAGCAACAACCUAGCCAAUGAGAAACCACAGCAACGCCUAACUCUCGCUCUCCUCCAAUGAACUUUCGUUCAAAACAGCUCCUCCCAACUUCCCCCUUCUCUUCUAUGAAAGAAUGCUCCUCUCCCGUGUCCCCCAGCCUUGCCCAUGGUUCACCAUACUGUGCAUGGCCUGAAUUGCAAUUCCUCUGCUGUUCCCGAAUAAACUCAAUUCUGCCACCUAAACCACCUAAACCACCUUGCAUGUUCUCUAACUGGCAUGUAGCCUAAGCAAUAAGAUGUUUGCCCAAGUUGUUUUAGAGGAACUCGGAGUCAGCUGUGUCUAGUUUGAGCUGAGCUGGUUGAGACCGGAGUAGACCAC